AAAAUACAGAAGAAAAACUUGGAAACAAAAAAAUCUCCACAAAAUUCAAUCCCAAAUUUUCAGGAAAAGCAUGAUGGCAGCCAUAUUCAGAAACGCAAUCCUCAGCCUCCCUAAGUCCGCCCACAUACCCGCCUCCGUCCCCCUCUUCCGCCCCAAAAUCUCCCGGGUUUGCUUCUCCUCGGCCUCCCGACAUAAUCCCCAGGGCCAACACGGGUCGGAAAACGAGUCGGAUCCGAGAGAUGAAGUGAAGGAGACGAUGGAUCGGGCCAAGGAGAAAACGCGGGAAAUGAAGGAGAAGACCAAAAGCCAAGCAGAAGCCAUGAAGGAGAAAACCAAGGAGAUGAACGAGAAGACGAAGGAGAAUCUGAGCCCAGCGGCCGAAAAGGCUAAAGAGAUGAAGGACAGGGCUGCGGGCACAGCUGAGAAGAUGGCUGAGCGGGCCAAGGAGCGGGCCCACGAGGCGAAAGAGUCCACGAAGGAGAAGGCCCACGAAGCAAAGGAGACUACUAAGGGGAUGGCGGAGAAGGUGGCGGACACGGCUAAGGAGACGGUGAGGAAGAUAAAGGAGACGGUGGUGGGGAAGUCGGAGGAGGAAAAGGAGAAGGUUAUGGAUGAAGAUGUUGUGGAUAUGAGGCGGCGCGUGGGGGAGGAGAAGGACAAGGAUAAGUAUUGAAAAACAUACAGUUAGUUAUCUGGUGGGUUUAAUUUGUGCUUUAGUUUUGGGUUUCUGGUUUUCGGACAAUUAAAUGUGAUGUGUUUGCGUCUUUUUAGGUUUUCUAUUGAUGGUUGUUAUGUUUCGAUUUCGACUAGACGUAUAUAGUUUGGGGCGUUUCUGAAAUUAGUUUGGUCUUUUACAUCGAACCAAAUUUCAC